CCCAGGGACGAGCCUCGAACCGAGAACUGCAUCGCUUGGAGCUACUCUACCUUACUUUUCUGUAAAAGGAAGGACAAGAUGAAAACAAUUCGUCUGUGGAUUGUCGGAAUUAGUCUCUUCCUUUGUUGUGAGUGUUUAAAGCCUGAACUUGUAGAAGUUAUAAUAUCUGAAAUAGGUAUUUAUUUUGACGAAGUGGGCCAGAUCUCAUUCUACCCCAUGACAUGGAAGGUUGUAAGUUACAUUGAUUUGAAACCGACACGUGAUCUCUGGAGAAAAGUAAAAGAGCACCAGAAACGCGUUUCGCAAUACUGCCAUGGGUUAGAAAGCGCUCCCUGGUACCACCUGACAGAUUGUAAUUCUUUUAAAGCAUAUGUUAACAAAAAGGUCUAUUACAUUGAUUCUUUGAAAGACCUAGUAGCAGAAUACCUGAAAACAGAUGUAUCUUACCGAAGGAAGCGAGGGGUUUUAGACUUUGUAGGUGAAAUUUCCAAGAUUCUGUUCGGAACCUUGACGCAAGCAGAUGCAAGAGAGUACAAUUCACACAUUAAUCAGUUAGAACGCGAACAACAAGAGUUUUUACAUAUUUCUUCCGAACAGAUGACAGUAAUCAAAUCUACUGUUAAUUCAGUGAAUUUGACAAUGAGACGUAUAAAUCAAAAUGAAAAAGUUUUAAAGGACAGCUUAAUCAAAUUAGACAAAAAAGUAAGUAAUGCCACUCUUGAAUUACAACAAGAAAUAGAGCAAGUGACUACGGCCAAUAUGCAAAUUAAGACUAUAGAACGAGGGUUAAUGGAAUGUCAGCAUGGAUAUGAAAUUUUAGUAGAUGCAUUGAUUCAUGCAGAACAAGGGACGUUUCAACCGCAAUUCGUAACUGCCGAGAAGAUCAAAACAGUUGUAACAGCUCAAAAGUUGCCUACUGGAGUUGACUAUCCUUCAUUUCCUUUUUCAGAGUUACAGCACAUUAUUGUACCUCAUAUCUAUUCACACAACCAAUUUCUCGUGUAUGUACUUGACAUACCCUUGCUCUCCUCAACACUAUUCCAUCUGUAUAAAAUACUCCCUUUUCCUACAUUCAAACAAGAUAAUGUGUUUUCUUUUAUAUAUUCCUCGAAAGAUUAUAUAUUUAUGGAUUCUCUGAAAAGACAGUAUGGUAAACUAUCCACUAAUGAAUUAACUAGAUGUUUUCACCCAAAUCCUAUACAGAAAGUUUGUAAAGAAGAGAUACCAAUACUGUCGUAUAUACCUGGAAAUGAUUGUGAAUCCACUCUACUUCAUCCCUCAUCACAAAAUAUUCCCCCUACCUGUGAAAUUAGAGUGUUAAGACUAACGAAGACCUAUUGGAUACCCUUAUCCUUCAGUAAUCAAUGGCUCUUUGUAACCCCGAAACCUGAGAAACUUUCUGUUAUUUGUGAUGAUAUCACAAAGCAGGUAGAAAUAAGACAAAAAGGUAAAUUGACAUUACAACAACAAUGUAAAGCUUAUACCACUUAUGUGACCUUGUAUGCUAUGAGUACAAAUGUUGUAAAUGUUUCCCAAGAUUUUGUACCUACCAUUCCCCUCGACUUAAAUUGUUGCCUAACCUUCGAAAAAGCGAAAGAGUUUGAAGAAAUACCUUUGUCAGUACCUUUAAGUAAUAUACUCGCAUCUGCAGAUGAUCUCAGACUGGCCAGUCACAAGGUAAAUGAGGUGGAACAGAUGAUUAAGGAACAGAGAAUGAAAGAUUAUUCGCAAUGGUAUAUUCAUGUCACUUCCUGGAGUGCAAUUGUGAGUUUUAUUAUAUUAUUUGUAUUCUCAUGUUGUUGCUGUUGUUGCUGUUGUAAAAGUUGUCGUACAUGUUGGUUUAAGAUUUGGGACAAAUGGACCCCAAAAACUUGUUGGAAAGAAACUAGUGAACGCCUGUGUAUUAACAUAACAAAUGUGCAAGGUAAGCAGCCGAGCAUUCGCUAUGGCAAAACAUCACACACCUCUCCGCCUCCAUCACCCUCAUAUUCCGCUCGUGAACCCAAUACUUUGACCCCAAUGAUAGAAGAUGGUAAUGAAGAAACACGAUUACAACCUCCUGCAGCAUCCCUUCGUCGUCCCUUAUGUCCAAACGAGAGAAACUUCCGAUAAUGAGAGGAAAAGUCUGGUUCAAUAUGAGCAAACUUUUAAGAAGAAGGGGAGUGUAAUAUUGUAAUAUGUACUUAGACUUUUGAUCAUACUAUAUACUAUUUUAAUGUGUAAUUUUUGUGUUAGCCAAGAGGGUGCUCCGAGAGAAGUUGAAACCGUCUGUCGCAAGCCUGAUACAUGUUAUCAACUCCUGACCUUUUAACACUUCGAUAACAUGUUCCCCCAAGCUGGAGAGAAGAGAGUCUAGUUUUUUGGUUCGUCCACGCGCUAUGCCGCACGUACACAACUGAACCUUUAAACUCUGUACUCAUGACUCCCCCCACCCUCUUUGGCCCUCUUUUUAAAGUUUAAUAUAUAAUACCAGUAAGAUUAAAAACAGGAGGAGACUUCUUCAAAAACUUGUACUGUAUACACACUGUAUAUACUAUCUACAUCUUUUACUUCUUUUAAUAAAAACUUAGUAUAAUUGUUGAGCAUAGAAAUUCGUCUUCAAUUAGUGGGUUCCUUACCCGCCUUACCCAGCAAGAAGAUAUUACAUCAACUAAUCAUGUAAUCAUAAUAUAAGGAAACUCAGAAUGUAGUAGUGAACAAUAUUAUAACAUUUGUGGUAUCGUAUAAUGAAGAUACUAUAACUAUUGCAAUGUUAUAAGAACAAGAGUGUACCUCGGACCGAGGGUAGCAGGAAGCCAUGUGUAAUCAGUAUAGCCGCCAGGACAGGCGACACUCUUGAGGAAGCUUUUAGCUAAGGGUUUAAGUAACCCAAGUGUUUCUGGUCCAUUACCAUGAAUCUGUCAAAACCCCUUCCGGGUCUUCCAAUAAGGAAGCAAUCUUACGUGUAUUUCUGUGUAACAUUUUGAAUUGUAUUUUGCACUUUAAAGGCAUUAUAGGAGGAAUCUGGGGUUGAGACACAAACACAAGUUCUCUCCCACGCUCGAGCUAAGGCUCUGGGAGUUCUGUUUGUUGUAACCUUAAUGCACAGCUGACCCUAAUGCAUUUUGGAGGGGAGAUGUGAGUGCAUUCCUGUGAACCAACGCCCAGUUUGGUCCUAUAAGAAGGCACGUGUGAAAACACGGGAUCAGAUCUUCUGGUCACAUUAUAG